AUGUUCCAGCCAGCAGCUCCUGGGCUCCGCAGGCAGGUAGAGCCUCCCGGGCAGCUCCUGCGCCUCUUCUACUGCGCGGUCCUGGUCUGUUCCAAAGAGAUCGCAGCGCUCACGGACUUCUCCGGUUAUCUAACCAAACUCCUGCAAAACCACACCGCCUAUGCCUGUGAUGGGGACCGUUUGAAUCUACAGUGCCCUCGGCAUUCCACGAUAAGUGUCCAAUCGGCAUUUUAUGGGCAGGAUUACCAAAUGUGUAGUGCCCAGCAGCCUGCCUCCCAGAGGGAAGACAGCGUAGCCUGCGUGGCACCCACCACGUUGCAGAAGGUGCUGGACGAAUGCCAGAACCAGCGGGCCUGCCACCUCCUGGUCAAUAGCCGUGUUUUUGGACCUGACCUUUGCCCAGGAAGCAGUAAAUACCUCCUGGUCUCCUUUAAAUGCCAGCCUACCCACCCCGAGAGAGCCGCACUGCUGUUCGUGUCCAGUGUCUGCAUUGGUCUGGCACUCACAUUGUGCGCCUUGGUCAUCCGAGUGUCCUGCACUAAGGACUUCAGGGAGCUGCAGCUGACGAGGGAGCACCUGGUGCCAGAAAGUGCCAAGGCUGAGGAAGAUAGCGAGGAUGAAGAGGGGGAGGAGGACUCCUCUGACUCUGAUUUUCCGGGAGAACAGUCUGGGUUUUGUAGGACUUCGUAUCCUGUCUACAGUUCCAUAGAGGCUGCAGAGCUGGCAGAAAGGAUUGAGCGCAGGGAGCAAAUCAUCCAGGAAAUAUGGAUGAACAGUGGUUUGGACACUUCACUCCCAAGAAAUAUGGGCCAGUUCUACUGA